AUGAGCAAACAGCCGGUGGCGCCGGAGGGAGGCGGCGGCGUGCCGCUGACGCCGAGCCGCGCUCGCGGCGGCGUUGCGGCGCCGUCUCCGCCGGGCACCGGCCGCACCCGCAAGGCGAGCGUGCAGGGCGAGGGGCAGGCUGCGGCGGGGUCGUCGUCGCUGCGCGACGGCGCAGGGACGACCAGUGCGGCCAUGGCGGCCCACGGGGGCGACGGGCGCCGCGAGACCCUCGUGGUGCCGCCGCAGGAUGGAGGCCAGCCGCAGCAGGUGGCGCAGUACCCGCGCGAGGGACGCAACGGGGCUCCUGUCUCUCAGCCGGCGGCAGCACGCCCCAGGCCGUCCUAUGUGCCGCCGUCGCAGAGGCGGCGAGAGCAGCCGCCGCCGGCCUAUGGACCGUACCCGCAGGCCGAAGAACGGCAGCAGGCGGUGCCGCCACCGGGAGGCGCCCCGCCACCCGGGACGGGGAGCGGCCUCGCUAUUCCGGGAGGAGCUGCGCCGCCAACUGCUGGAGCUGCGCUGCCGCGCCGGAAGCAUUUCGGAAUGGCCACGACGACUUGGGCUGCGGACGCGCGCCAGCAUCGUCGUCCACAUAAGCACGCACCUGGAGACGAAGAAGCUGCCCCGCCGCCAGGUAGCCUCGCCGCACCUGGAGGAGCUGCGCCUGCGGCACCGCCACCUGGUGGAGCCGCACCGCCGCGCCGGCCGAAACGUUUCAGAUUCGCCCCGACUAGUUGGGCUUCGGACCGGCCGGAGGACUCGUCGGAUGCGCGCCGCCACACGGACACACCUGGACCUGGAGACGAAGCAGCGCCGCCACACGGGGGCAGCCCCACCGCACCGGAAGGGCCGCGCAGGUUCGGCUCCGGGCUCCCCACCGCGAAGACCAUCGAUCGCGUCAGCACUCUCGAUACGGGAUACGGCACGGAGGUGCCGGCGGCGGCGGACUCCCGCCUGCCGCCGCCGCACGCGCAUGACGCGCGCCCCCAACAGCCGACGCCACCGUAUCAUCAGCCACCGCCGCACGGCAAGAAGUGGCAGCCGUCGCCGAUGCUCGGCCCCACGGAGAGGAGGAGGAGGAAGGAGAAUUCCAAGAAGCCGCUGGCGUUCCUCUUCACCCUGUGCUGCAUCCUCUUCUGGCUUGUGGUGGUCUGCAUCGGCCUCGCCAUCCUGGUGAUCUACCUCCUCUACCACCCGAGGCCGCCGCGGCUGCACGUGAGCACGGCGACCCUGAACGCCGGGUACAUCGACGAGCUCCCGCCGCCCCACCUCGGGCAGGCGCUCAACUCCGACCUCUACGUGCUCGCCGCCAUCUACAACCCCAACACCAAGAUCGACGUGGCGCUGCACUACAUGCAGUUCGACCUCUACUUCCAGGGCCACCUGAUCGGGACGCAGGCGGUGUGGCCGCCGCUGUACGAGAGGCCCGGGGACUCCGCGCUCCGGUCCGUGCACCUGGUGGUGAGCGAGGUGGUGAUGCGGCCGGAGGACGCCGACGUGUGGAAGAACGUCACGUCCACCGGCGGCCUCGUGCAGAUGCAGCUCGAGGGCAGGUUCUACGUGCAGCUCAACUUCGGGCGAUGGCUCCCGUUCAGGUACAUGGUGAAGCCCAGCUGCGCGCUCUGGCUCGACCCGCCGCCGGCGGGCGCGCUGCGCAGGGCGCGGUGCCGGCAAUGAUUUCUCCGCUUCCAUUAUUGGAAUCACAUCACUAGGGGUGCAUAUGCAUCUGAUUAUAUUGGUUGCUUCGCGUAUGGUCGUGUCAGUUCAGAGCUAGAGCUAGAAGAAUGAAUUCAUGUAUUUUGGAUUUU